AUGUGUAUUCGUUGCAAAUCGCUCAAAUGCGCAUUUGACCUCGCCGCGAGCUGUGCCUUUAAGUCUAACUCCAUCGCCAACGGCUUCGCGUCGACGUCCAAUCGCUUAUUGUCGACGUCAUCAAAAGCGAACCCACCCAGCCUGUACGAAAUGCGGACGUACGACGUCGAACCGGCGAGGAUCGGUGACUUCUUACGCGUGUGCGAACACCACGCGGCGACACGAAAGCGUGUCGCCCCGGGGUUUCUCGCGUUCUUCGUCACCGAGCUCGGUGGAGAGACGAACGAGGUGACGCACUUGUACAGGUACAAAGAUUACGACGAGCGGGACGCGACGCGGAAGCGCAUGACGACGGAUCCAGAGUGGCAGAAAUACCUGGAGGAGGCGAAACCGAUGCUGAAAAAUCAGAGGGCGGAGAUUUUCUUGGAAGCGACGAAGGCGACGGGGUCGGUGGGCAUGGAAGCGGAUGACAUCGCGAAACGGGCGGAGGCGAGUGGAGCCUCCGGAGCGAACGGAGUGUUUGAGCUUCGACGAUAUCAACUCGAGCUCGGGUAUAACCCGAUCCCGAAGCUCGUCGAGCUUAUGGCGGGUGGAUUGCCGAGCAAGCUCGCGAGCGACGAGGCGGGGAAGUCAAGCCUGGUUUGGAUGGGAUACAGCGACGUCGGAAAAUUGAACCAAUUCGUCGAGCUGUGGCGAUACGACACCAUGCAGGAUCACAUUCGCGCCAGAGAGACGGCGCGAAGUGCCUCAGCGUGGAGACAGGCCGUGAACGACAUUGCGCCCAUGGUGCAGAUGUUCGACACCAGACUCAUUCGACCGACAUCGUUUUCUCCGGUGCAGUAA